GGACAUUUCAGCUUUUUUUAUUUUCCAGAGUCAGGCACUUUUUGUUCUUGCUUUUUAAAUUUUCGCACUUUAUAACUAAACCCCACCUUGAGGAAAAAUUUCCCCUCCUUUCUCUCUUAGAUCUUGUUAUCCGAACUGCCUUGAACUCCCUCUGCCCCGAGACAAUUCUCUCAUUUCAUUCCCAAUUGCUGUGCACUUUCACUCAUUUUAGACUACAGCACCGCCGAAGGCCGAAAGAGACCGAAAAAAGGGGAAAAAAAAAAAGAAGAAAAGAUAUGGGUUCUCACGCUGAUGCCCCGCCGUCCCGCGCGACGGAUGCUGUCCUCGUGGCCUCGGAAAACGUGCCGGAAGGCACUCCGCAGGUCAGCGGAAUCGAUUUCGACAAGUACGCCGAUCGAGAUAUCACCGCUGCAGAAUUGUUGGAAAACAUGGCGGGAAUGGGCUUCCAGGCCUCCGCCGUCGCCGAAGCCGCGAGGAUCAUUAACGAGAUGAUCGCAUGGCGGGACCCAAAGACGGGGAAAGGCACGACGAUCUUCCUCGGAUACACCUCCAAUCUGAUAUCGUCAGGUCUGCGAGAGACUCUCCGCUACCUCGUUCAACACAAGCACGUUUCAGCCAUCGUAACGACGGCCGGCGGCGUUGAAGAGGACUUUAUCAAAUGCCUCGCUCCGACGUACCUAGGCUCCUUCACCAUGAAGGGGGCUCCACUUCGCGAGAGGGGGAUGAAUCGAAUCGGAAACCUGAUCGUGCCCAACAACAACUACUGUCUGUUCGAAGACUGGGUGAUGCCCAUACUGAAUAAAAUGCUGGAGGAGCAGGAAGCGUCGAAGAGUACGGACGACCCUCUGCACUGGACGCCAAGCAAGGUCAUUCAUCGCCUGGGGAAGGAGAUCAACAACGAAGAAUCCGUCUACUACUGGGCUUACAAGAAUGAUAUUCCCGUCUUUUGCCCGGCGUUGACCGAUGGGAGUCUUGGUGAUAUGUUGUAUUUUCAUACUUUCUCCGCUGCCCCGGCACAACUGCGGAUCGAUAUCGUUGAGGACAUACGGAGGAUCAAUUCCAUGUCUACAUUUGCUGAACGGGCGGGAAUGAUUAUCCUUGGUGGGGGAUUGGUCAAACAUCACAUCGCCAAUGCUUGCUUGAUGCGUAACGGUGCCGAGAGUGCUGUGUACAUCAACACCGCGCAGGAGUUCGAUGGGAGCGAUGCUGGCGCACGGCCGGAUGAGGCUGUGAGUUGGGGAAAGAUCAAAGCGGAUGCGCAGAGCGUAAAGGUUUACGCGGAGGCAACUGCCGUCUUCCCUCUUAUCGUAGCCGCUACCUUUGCGAAGGUGAACAAACAAGUUAUCAAAUGA